AUGCCUCGGGGGCAAAAGAGUAAGCUCCGUGCCCGUGAGAAACGCCGUCAGGCCCAGAGUGAGGCUCAGCGUCUCCAAGAUGCUCAGGCCUCUGCAGCAGAGGAAGAAGAGUCCCCCUCUUCCCCCACCCCUCCUCUUGGUGAUAAUCUCCAGAGCUCCCAUGCUUCUGGGUCAGGUAGAAAAUCCCAAGGGUCUAGGAGAGCCCCAUCCACUACCACUGCUUCUGCAGGUGUUUCAUGCACAAGAUCUGAUGAAGGUGCCAAGAGCCAAGAUGAAGAAAAACCAAGCACCUCCCAGGCAUCACUCAGCACUGAUUUUUCCCACAGAACCCCUCUAGAUGAGAAGGCAAUUUUGUUGGUGCAAUUCCUGCUGCGCAAGUAUAACAAGAGAGAGCCCAUUACAAAGGAAGAUAUGCUGAAGCAUGUCAUCAAAAGGUACAAGAAGCACUUCCAUGAGAUCCUUAGGAAAGCCUCUGAGCUGAUGGUGCUGGCCUUUGGUAUUGAUGUGAAGGAAGUUGCCCCCACCAGGCACUGCUAUGCCCUUGUCAGCAAAUUUCAGCGCACCAGUGAUGACAGGCUGAGGGGUGAGGAGAUCAUGCCCAAGACCGACCUCCUUAUGACCAUCUUCUGUGUGAUCUUCAUGAAGGGCAACUGCGCCACUGAGGAAGAUAUCUGGGAAGUUCUCAAUGUGAUGGGGAUAUAUGCUGGAAGGAAGCACUCCAUGUACGGGGAGCCCAAAAAGCUCAUCACCAAAGAUUUGGUGCAGGAAGGGUACCUGGAGUACCGCCAGGUGGCCAACAGCGAUCCUCCGCGCUAUGAGUUCCUGUGGGGCCCCAGAGCCCGUGCCGAAACCAGCAAGAUGAAAGUCCUUGAAUUUUUGGCCAAGAUUCACAAUACGGUCCCCAGCGCCUUUCCAGCCUGGUAUGAAGAGGCUUUGAGAGAUGAGGAAGAGAGAAUCCGAGCCAGAUUUGCAGCUAUACUUCGCACUGGUGCCCUGGCCAGUCUGCAUUCUGGGGCCAAUCUCCGGGGCAGCUUCUCCCAGCUGUAG